AUGGCCUCCCAGCAACAAAGGGGGAUCGCCCGCCAGUCCGCAUGGCCGGAUCUCCCGCCGGAGCUGCUUGAGCGCAUCGUCGCCGUCCUCGCCCCGCGCGACCGCGUCGCCGUCCGCCUCGUUUGCGCCUCCUGGCGCGCGUGCGUGCGGGAGUUCUUCCCGACCGACCUCCCAUUCGAGGCUCCGCGCCUCCUCCUCCGCCGUCCGGGCACCGGCGGCUGGCUGGCCUUCUUUAGCCUCCAGCACCGCAAGAUCCUGCCUUUCAUGCUCCCGGCGAACCUGAGCGCCGGACGCUGCUGCGGCCACAUCGGCGGCUGGCUCGCCAUGGCCUCGGACGCCGACCGCUCGAUCCUCCUCUGCAACCCCGUCUCCGGGAAAUCCGUCGCCUUGCCCCCGCCUCCGGUGUUCCCCGUGUCAAAGAUGGUGCUCUCCGGGCCCCCGACCUCCGGAUGCUGGGUCGUCGCCGCGCUGGGCCGCACAGGCACAAUCGUGCUGUUCCAGCCGGCUGUGUCUGCCGCUUGGAUGACCAUCGGCGUCAACGAGGGCGCCCAACACGGCGGGUUUAGGGACAUGGCCUUCUGGAGCGGCCGCCUGUGCGCGCUGGGCCACGACGGGGCGGUCCUGGCGUUCCGUGGCGACCUCCGCGCGCGCGCCGCGGCGGUGUCGCUGCUGCGUGAAGCGGAGCACCCGGUGGGCGCGCUGGAGGCGGGGCACUGGCGGGUGUACCUGGUGGAGGGCGACGGGGAGCUGCUGGUGGUGAGGAAGCUGUACAUGGUGCGGCGGAACAGCGAGGCGGUGGACCUGGCGGUGGAGGUGCACGUGCUGUCGUCGGCUGCGGAGCGCAAGUGGGAGCUGGUGGAGGAGAUGCCCGGGCGGGCGGUGUUCGUGGGGUCGGUGGUGUCCACGGCGGUGCCCCUGGAGCUGUACCCGGCGGCCGGGCUGCGGGAGAGCUGUGUCUACUUCGCGCGGCGGGAGGUGGAGAUGCUGGCGCCGCACGCCAUCUGCGAGUACUCGAUGAUGGACGAGGAGAUGAGGACCGUGCCCAUCGCCGGUGGCCACUCCGCCGACGUGGAGCCCGUGUGGAUCACCCCGUUCGUCUGA